AAACCCUAAUUAAGCAUUAUUUUCCCAAACAAAACACAUAAUUUCACCAACAAAUUAUCAAUCCUCACACUCCCAAAGAUCAAAGCUAUGUCACUAGCGAGUUCUUCCUCCAUCAUCAUCGCGAAGCCGAGCACGAGGGUUCAGUCCCUCUCUUGGAAUCCCAUCUCCAGAUUAGCCCUUUCCAAGUGCAAGACUGAUGAAUUCGGCUUCUGGGCCUCCAAGAAAACACUUCAACAUACAAGGAAAUCUUUUAUUGUGAGUGCUGACACUGCACCUGAAAAUCCACCGGCUUCUGCGCCAUCACCACCUCCUUCCCAGCCCAUGGGCUGGGUUUUGGGAUUUGUUGUUACAUUUAUUCUACCGUUUUUUACCAGCAAAUUGGGGCCAUUACAGGAGAUUAAAGAUAAGCUUGAAACUUCACUGCAAGCAGUGGAGAAUAUAGUGGAGGUGGUGGAAGUGGUGGCGGAUUCCGUCGACAAGCUCGCCGAGAACUACGCCGAGGAUCUUCCCCAGGGAAAACUGCGCGAUCUCGUUGAGAAAGUUGAACAUUUUGCUGAGAAAACAGCCGAGGCAGCUGACGCUCUUGAUAACGUCAUCGAUAAGGUUCAAGAUGUUAGCGAGCAUGUGGACAGCAUUGGAAUUAUAACCAAUAAAGUAGAAGAACUUCUCCGGCACAAAAGAUAAUUAAUAGUAGUAGAAUUUAUUCAUUUUUUACCUUUCUAGAACACCAAUUUUAGGUACAUUUUCGAAGCUAUUAUUCGUAAGUAUGUUAAAAAAAGAGAAAAUAAAAAAGUUGAGCUAAGUCUAAUAAGUUAUCAAUAAGGAAUAAAUAGUUAAUACUAGAUCAAAUGUGUGAUGCGCAUAAAGAUAUAUAACAUCAAUUACUUUGCAAAAUUUACUAGCUUUUUAUAGAAAUCAAAAUCUCAAAUAUUAUAACCUUGAUGUGUGAUAUUGUAUAUAUAGAGAUAGAGGGAGAUAGAUGUGUGUUGAAAUGUUUUGUAAGUAUCUUUUGUAAGCAACAAUAAUAUUAUACUAUUUAUUUUAAUUUUAUUUGAAACUA